CCCCGGGAGAAGGAGCUCUCCGCCGGGACAGAGGAGCCAUAAAGAGCCGGGGAGGGAGGGGAUGAGAUUUCUCGCUGCCCAAUCCCCCUGUUCCCCCGGGAGCCGCAGCCUUCCACGGUCCGUCCCUCCCUCUUGUUUGCUAAUCAUUUCAUUUUACUCCUUUUUGAAGCGCUGGCUUGUUUUUUUAUCCCACUUUUCAUUUUUCCACAAUCCGCGGCUGCUCGCCUCCCUCUGAUCCCCGGCUCUCCCCGCUCCGUUCUCCCGGCGUCAGGCUCUCCGGAUCCCGGCUGAUUGUCCUCCGUCUCUCUCCUCUGCUCCUCUCUCGGCUCCUCUGAGAUGCUCUCCCCGCUCUCCGCUCCUCUCUCCGCCCUCUUUUAACUUCACAGAGACGCCGGUUUAAAGCCCGGGCUGCUGCGAGCCGGGGCUGGGAUCUAAAACAACCCGGAGAAACCCAGAGGGAUCCGGGGCUCUUCUCUGGAUCAGGACCCGGUACUUUGGGGAAGCUCGCCGUGCGUCCCCCUCCCCAUCCCUCCUCCUCCCCUCCUUCCUCCUCAUCGCUCCUCUUUUCUCCACCUUAAUCCAGGUGGUCCUUUGGCUUUUUGAGUGGCGGCUACAGGGAGGAUUAUUCUUCUUUCUUGUUCCCGGUGAAGACAAAGCUCCCAGAAGGACACUUUGAUGUUCUCCAUCCAGGACAGCCUCCCCCGGGGGGCCCUGACCAUGAAGGAGGAGCCGCUCCCCACCGGCAUGACCCCGGUCCGCUCCUGGAUGCAGGGCGCGGGGAUUUUGGACGCCAACACAGCGGCCCAGAGCGGCGUCGGUUUGGCCCGAGCUCACUUUGAGAAGCAGCCGCCCUCCAACCUGAGGAAGUCCAACUUCUUCCACUUCGUCCUGGCGCUGUACGACCGCCAGGGGCAGCCGGUGGAGAUCGAGAGGACCUCCUACGUGGACUUUGUGGAGAAAGACAAGGAGUACAACGGAGAGAAGACCAACAACGGCAUCCACUACCGGCUACAGCUGCUCUACAGCAACGGCAUCAGGACAGAACAGGACCUUUACGUUCGACUGAUAGACUCCAUGACCAAACAGCCGAUCCUGUACGAAGGUCAGGACAAGAACCCAGAGAUGUGCCGCGUCCUCCUCACCCACGAGAUCAUGUGCAGUCGGUGUUGUGACAAGAAGAGCUGUGGAAAUCGCAACGAGACGCCCUCCGACCCCGUCAUCAUCGACAGAUUCUUCCUGAAGUUCUUCCUCAAGUGCAAUCAGAACUGUUUGAAAAAUGCAGGAAACCCGCGAGACAUGAGGAGGUUCCAGGUGGUGGUUUCCACUACGGUCAACGUGGACGGUCACGUGUUGGCGGUUUCAGACAACAUGUUCGUCCACAACAACUCCAAACAUGGCCGCCGCGCCCGACGCCUGGACCCCUCUGAAGCAGCCACGCCCUGCAUCAAAGCCAUCAGUCCGAGCGAGGGCUGGACCACCGGCGGCGCCACCGUCAUCCUCAUCGGAGACAACUUCUUCGACGGCCUACAGGUCGUGUUCGGCACCAUGCUGGUGUGGAGCGAGCUCAUCACUCCUCACGCCAUCCGGGUCCAGACUCCUCCUCGCCACAUCCCCGGGGUCGUGGAGGUCACGCUGUCCUACAAGUCCAAGCAGUUCUGCAAAGGAGCGCCGGGACGCUUCGUCUACACCGCCUUGAACGAACCGACCAUCGACUACGGUUUCCAGCGGUUACAGAAGGUCAUCCCCCGUCACCCCGGCGACCCCGAGAGGUUACCUAAGGAGGUUCUUCUGAAGCGAGCAGCUGAUCUGGUGGAAGCUCUUUAUGGGAUGCCUCACAACAACCAGGAGAUCAUCCUGAAGCGAGCGGCCGAUCUCACCGAGGCUCUCUACAGCGUUCCUCGCAGCCACAACCAGCUGCCGUCGCUCACCGGCUCGGCCGCCCACUCGGGGAUGAUGGGAGUGAACUCUUUCAGCAGCCAGCUCGCCGUCAACAUCUCCGAGGCCUCGCAGGCCGACCAAGGUUAUUCCCGUAACUCCAACAGCGUGUCUCCUCGCGGCUACGUUCCCAGCUCCACGCCCCAGCAGUCCAACUACAACACCAUCACGUCCACCAUGAACGGAUACGGGGCGGCGGGGAUGACCAACCUGGGUGUUCCCGGAUCCCCCAGCUUCCUCAACGGCUCCACCGCCAACUCUGCUUACGCAAUCAAACAGAAGAGCGCCUUCGCCCCCGUCGUCCGGCCUCAGACCUCCCCGCCCCCCACCUGCACCACCACCAAUGGCAGCAACCUCCAGGCCAUGGCAGGUCUCAUCGUUCCCCCCAUGUGAGGAUCCAGCCGGACGCCUCUGAACCCGAAAAACAAGAAAAAUCCUCCCAUCGUCCCCCAGAACCAGAACCAGAAUUCAGAACCCAGAAUCCAUCGCUACACCGGAGAAACCUUCAUUUAUUCACCUUCCAGCGUCACGUUCCCCCCGCGGUCGCCGCCGACCAGAGCGUCUCCGUCAGCGGCGGCCGGGGUAUGUGGGCGUGGCCUGUGUGGUGGAUGGGCGUGGCCAUUUGUCUGCUGACAUUUUCAGUAGUUUGACUUUAGAGGCCAAGCAGAUCAGUUUGAACCACUGUGAGGCGGGGGAAGAGGGCGUGGUUUGGUGGUGAGUGGGCGUGGUCAUUGGGAUGCUAGACAGUUUGACAGAUCAGUUCAAACCACUGUGAGGCGGGGAAGGAGGCAUGGCCACCGGAGCGUCUGUUCAUGGCGACGAAAUGAAAGCGGCGCCGUCAAACGUCGCGCUUUCAACCAAAAAAGAAUUUAGUAAAAAAAGUCAAUACACGACAAAGAAAAGAAAGGAGGAACAAUUCUCACUUCAUUAGCAGGAAAAUCUGAUUGGUUUGAUUUGUUGGAGGUUCAUUCAGUCGAAGGUUCAGAAUUGCAAAAAAUUUGUCAAAAAAGUGACACGAAACUUGUCGAAACCAGAAAUUAUUUACACUUAAGAAGUUUUUACCAAAAAAUGACUCAAACCUGAUGUUUUGAUUUGCAGAAAUUGGUCCCAAAUGUUCCUUCCAAGCUUAAAGACUGAAACCUCCAGUGGAUUAAUUCGUGUACGAACUAUGAAGAGUUUUUAGACUCGUUUUUUAGCUGAACUUUAUGUCUCUGAUCUGAUUGGUUCUCGCCUGAAUGGACGCUCUUCAAGUCCAAGAAAUCAGGAACAAAACAUUUUGUCUCAAAUGUGGAAAUAAAAAAAUACCGUCAGACGGUUUCCAGAUUUGUUUCCAAUCAGACAAAAAAAACCCAAAAAGAAGCGGACAGACGAAGCGUUUUCCUUUCUGUAGAUUUUACCCUUGUUUGUGUCUCAUGUUCCGGAAAAGGAGGAAGAUGCAGUAACUUGGUGAGCAGAUGUUCCACUAAUGUUUGAGUUCCAGCUUCUGUUCCUCUUUCGUUUUCUGUUUUUGUUUGUUUUUUUCUUCUUAAACACAGUACAAUAGUUCUGUUUCGCGGGUGUGUCGAGUGGUAGAUUUUAACCAGAAAAAGCUUGCAGCAGUUUUAACCACAUUUAGGUACCAGAUUUUACUUGUUAUUCUUCUGAUUGUGCUUAUUUUCUAUGUAUUUAUAAAGUAUGUUUUGGGGAGUUCCUUUUGUGAUUUAGGCCUGAAUGAUAGUCUCAAAUAUAUAUGUAAACACAUUUGAUGUCUUAAUACCUUUUAGAUAUUGUAAAAAGAGUGAACAAGUGAGAGGAAUUAACCCUUUUUUGUAAAAACAACAAAAAAACACAUCAUGACGCUGUCACCCUGUUUUUGAAAGCAGGACGUAAAACAAACGCUUUCAUCACUUUUGUAUAAAACUGCUUUUCCGAUAUUUAACUUUUUGUAAACGGCAUCAUUUGUGUUCCCCCUGGUUCUUCUUCUUCUUCUCGUCCUUUGUGUAUUAUUGUGAAAUGUAUAAUCAUGGUUAUUUCUUAAUGCACUAUUUUUGUUGGGGCACUUAAUAAGAGCAAUGCAUCUUAGCAAAAAAGAAAAAAAGCCAAUAAAGGUGGAAAAAAAAGAUGAAAGCUAGAAUGAUAUGCACCGAUACCUUUUUUCCUUUCCCACUGUUUUUCUCCCGCCGUUUUAAAAAUCUCUUGUCAUGUGAAAUUUUUAAUAUUUUGUUCUCGCUCUUCCUUUUGAACCUUUCAAGGUUUCAGUGUUUUUAAUCCAUCUGAAUAUUCGACCCGACUCCAAGUCUUUGUGUUUUUGAUGAUUAUUAAAAACAUGGCAGUGGAUUUUAAAAACGUUGUUUUUUGGGUCAUCGAUCUCAAGGAAACCUCCAUCAAUGUUGCUGUUGUUGUUGAUGGUGCUGUUCUCGUCGUCGCACACAAUCUGGAUCAUUUACUUAUGCAACUGUGUUCCUGUGCCGUGAUGGAAGCUCCGGGGAAGUUUGGAAAGCUGACAGAAGUCGAGGUCGAUGCCUUACGACUGACCACGACUCAACACUUUCUGCAGUGACUCGUCAUUUUUUGUUUGGAUUCGUUUGACGAAACUGCAACUUUUUUUAAAAAACUUUUUUGGUCCCUCAGGUUCCCCAAAAAUGUACGAAAGAUCCCGACUCAAAAGCUAGCAGUUAGCCUUUCGGUUAGCGGUACUUGGAAACCUCCCUGAUUUUGGUUGUCUUGUCAAACAGCGCCCCCAAAAUUACAAAUAGAGGUACUGCAGCAGCAUCUGUAAAAUGUACAGUUUGUUUUUUAAUUAUUAUGUGUUGUUUUCAUUGGAAUUUGAUUAAUUUUUCCUUUGAGGUUCCCCAGAAGAACUCAAACUGAUAGUUAGCUGUUAGCCUUUCAAGUAGCGAUGCUUCACAAACGUUAAAACUCCCUGAUUUGGUCGUCUUGUCAAACGGCGCCCCCAAAAUCAUCAAAGGAGGCACUGCAUGUUCAUCUGUACGAAGUGCAGCUUGUUCUUUAAUUAUCACACUUUGUUUAUGUUUGAAAAUAAAUGAGUCUGUUGGCCUGCUUUUAGAUUAAUUCUUUUUGUCUCUCAGGUUUCCAAAGCAUCUCAAAGAGAAGCAUAACAGUUAGCAUUUUAGCAACACUUAGGAAACGUUAAACCGCCCUGAUUGUGGUUGUCUUGUCAAACAACGCCCCCAGAUUACAAAGGGAGGUACUGCAACACGUUUUAAAUAUCAUACGCUGUUUUCAUUAGAAUCUGAUAAAUUUUUCAUUUGAGGCUCCCCAGAAGAACUUGAACUGAUAGCUAGCUGUUAGCCUUUCACAUAGUGAUGCUUAGGAAAUGUUAAAACUCCCAGAUUCUGGUCAUCUUGACAAACACCGCCCCCUAGCUAUGAUGGAACGUACUGCAUGUUCAUCUACUCGUUUGUUAUAGAAAAGACAAACUGGAGCGGAAGAUCUCCAAACGACAGAAACUAAAAGCCAAAACCUUUUUUUCAACAUUACAACUCAGAUUAUGGUUUUAUUUUUGUUUUACAGAAUUUUACUGUCGUAUAACGGGAAGCAGCAGCCAACAAAAAAGAUUUGAGUUCUCAUAACAUCAAUCAGAAGCGUGAAAUAAAAGCAGAGCUGCAGAACUCAGCGGGAGAAUUCUCAUUUAAAGACUGUAGACUUUUUUUUCUCAGAGCGUUUGAGCAGUUUUACAUUUAAGGACAGUUUAUAAAAUGUUAUAGCAACUUUGUGCCGACGGAAAAACAAACCAUCCAAAAUUCCUUUAAAACAAAACUCUAAAUUUCUUUGGGAAUCUGACGUCUGGAUGGAUUAAACUUUAUGCAAAUUGAGCGGGACUGACGGCGCCGCGUCGACUCGAGGCUGAAAAGUCAGUUUUUUGGAAAAGCCAUUUUUCAGCUGAACUAUGGAAGCGAGCAGCUGCACCUCAAACCGAACAUCAACUCAAACAGCUUGCGACGUUUUUUUUUAAUUCUUUUUCUUUGUUUUUCUGUCACAAUUGUAGAAAGUUUGCUUCUCACCGUCCUGGUUUUCAGACUGAAAAAUAUACUUUUUUCGAUGUUUUACUUCAAUGUGAAAGAGGGCAGAGGCACUGCAUCUUUGUGAAAUAUGAAAUAUAUCAUCAAAGUAUAUCAAAGCACAAUGUUUAAUUAAUGUCUUACGGAUACGAUCGGGGGCGACGCCUCCGGAUUCUUUUCUUUUCUGUCUCUGGCCAUGCUGUAAAUAGAUGCAUGUCUUUUUGGUUUGUUUUUUCCUGUGAUCCAGUGCUUUUUGUACAGAAACAGUCUAAUAAAAAUUACAUUUGGCUUGAAA